ACACUUGACGCUGUUUUAAAGUAAGCCGAUAAGUUAUAUUUUUGCAAGUUGGAAAUAUUCUUGCACAGUUUGUAAUAAGCUAGCAACAUGGGGAAAUAUAAAUAUACACAAGACGGUGGAAUUCUAACCGAAGAACAACGCCAGUUCUACGAAGACAACGGAUACAUUGUGAUCAGAAAUAACGUUAGUCAUGCUAUACUGGACGAAGUUUGUCAAAGAUUUAUUGAUAUUUGUGACGGUAAAGUGGACCCUGGUUUCAUGACAGUAAUGAAAGAUCCCUCUUUAAAAAAGACAAACGUUAAAGGAGAAUUUUUAAUAAACAAGAUUCAAAAUUUUCUCUAUGAUGAGGUUUUGUUUAAAUAUGCACGUGAUGAAGCAGUAACAAACGUUAUAGCCAGUAUUGUUGGACCUAAUGUGACUGCAGCUCAUUCCAUGCUCAUCAAUAAACCACCAAAUUCUGAUCCUGGUGCAUCCUUGCACCCCUUACAUCAAGAUCUUCAUUACUUUCCAUUUAGACCAGCUGAGCGAAUUGCGGCUUCAUGGACUGCAAUGGAACGGGUCGAUGAAAACAAUGGAUGUCUUUAUGUGGUCCCAGGAAGCCAUAAAGGAGAACUAUACCAACACACUUAUCCAGACGGCUUCAAAAAUGUACUUUAUCAUGGUAUUCAAAACAUGGAUCAUCUACCGAAAGUUCAUGUCGUUAUGGAGAAAGGUGAUACAGUUUUUUUCCACCCCGUACUUUUGCAUGGAUCAGGUCCUAACCGCACUCAAGGAUUUAGAAAGGCGAUAUCUUGUCAUUACGCCGAUAGUAACUGCCACUUUAUCGACCUAAAAGGUACGUCCCAAGAACAAGUUUCUGCCGAAGUUGAAAAAGUGGCUGCCAAGAGAGGCUUUAAAGCCAGUUUUGAGGAUUAUUGGAAAAUUAAAAGUCGUCUAGUGCGAGGCGCCCCUGGGAACUUUCAAGUUUUUGGGAGUCACCUGUGAUAACACAAAUUAUCUUAUAUAUAAAACAAAAUUUGUUUUCAGGUAUUAUAUUAAAUAAAUAGUUUUUCAAUAAAUCACACGAUACCCUCGUCUUCAUAA